AUGGCUACCGUGUUCGAUAGCCCCUUUAUUAGACAACGUUUACAUCGACUUCGUCGUCGAGAUUAUGAUUUUGACGAAGACCAGCGAUUUGGCAGAUGUGACUGCACCAGUUAUUCCUACUUUGUUCUGUCGAUGGUUUUAUUUUCCGUAGGCACUGUGAUUACAGUUUUAGCAUUAGGAGAUGCCGAUGGGUACAUUUUGAGCAAUUUAGGACACAUGUGGCUAGUAGGACCGAUUUUUAUAUGUUCUGGAAUGAUGGUUGCUGUGAAAAGUAUGUUGUAUUUACGAAGAAAGAGUGUAAUUCAAAUGCUUCUGCAUCAGAGAGCGAUAAUCAGGGAUAUGGCAGUAGUCCAAGCAGAGCAAGCUUACGGUGGUCAGGUACCUCGUACUGCAUCUAGUGCCACAUUACCUCCUUCGUACGAUGCCUUAAUAUCAAAUGGUGCCACAAGCAAACCACAACCAUCCAGUUCUGAACCCCCACCGCCUACCUACGAUGAAGCUAUGUACCUUAUAGACGAUGAGAAGUUGCAAAUGGAAAAUAAAAAUGAUGAAAGUGCCAAACAAGAAACUAGCAAUCAGACAACUAGUUCUAACAUAGACAAUAGUAAAUGA